AUGAGCACCGCGAGCGUCCAAAAUUUGGAGGAAGCAGUCACGAUAGCGUCGGAAUUUAUUAUGACCCUGGACAAUCUACCUAGCGAAGUACAAUUUCUUCUGCAAGAGCUUCGCUCGAAAGAGACCGAUUCUCAAGAAAUACAGAAUGAUCUCGCCAAAGAGGCUCACAAAUAUAUGCGACAUUCCCUACGAUCAGAAGGCACGGACCCCUCGAAAGAGAAGGACAGGACGCCACUAGCACCGCCAACUGAGAAACUGAAAGAUGCUCAAGAGAAACUCUCAGUGCUCUCAGAUGAGAAAAUUGCCCUAGCCUCUCGUAUUGUCGAGCUACUAUCCAGGAAGCGGGCCCGGUUAGAACAUGACCUAGGGCGUGUCCUUGUUUUACAAGGAGAAACAGAUCCAGCAGCUGUUUUUGCUGGUGCUACUGCUUCGACUCCAGUCUCUGUAUCAGGACUUGGUAGUGGUACUGCUGGCUAUGUACUCGGAGGACGCAAUCCAGUCGCUCAAAUCAAUGAAAGCCUACGAAAUGCAUUCGCUGGUGGUACCGCCACUCCUCUGGCAAGUGGCUUAGGAAGCAUGUCUUCUGUCGGGGGUCGUGCUUCGGUGAUUGGGGAGGAUAAUGCAUUCAAAAAACGGAGAUUGACGACAGCGCAAGGCUCCAUCAAGCUCCCAUCACCCGCACCAUCUGCAUAUGUCCCUUCUACUCGGGGCCGUCGGAGAAGACGGGGAGCUUCCUCUGAGGCUGAUGACUUCGAUUAUGAUUACGGAGAGGAAACUCAAGGUGUAGAGGAAGCGGAAGCAGAAGAAGGUGAAGGUGAAGAUGGCGAAGAUGGCGAAGACAAGGAAUUAUACUGCUUCUGCCAGAAGCUGAGUUACGGAGAAAUGAUCGCGUGUGACAAUCCGGAUUGCCCGUAUCAAUGGUUUCACCUUCCUUGUGUCAACCUCAAGCAACCACUCCCGGAGAGUUGGUUCUGUGAAGACUGCAGUAGAAAGAUGGGUCCUCCCGCUUCUGGUCCUGGCCGGAAGGGCCGGAAGAAGUAG